AUGCAUGCCCGCGGGUGCAGGCGGGUGCGCAACAGCGGCGAGUCCCGCCCCACCGAACUGGGCUAUCGGGACCGAAGGGACUUCAAAGUCCCACUGCCCCCACUCGGAGGGCGCAGUCACAGUCUGGAGCAGGAAAGCGAGUUGCCCAACGUCGGGAAACGGCGGGACGGGGAGCGGAGUCCAGGGCUCCCCGGGGUUUGUGCCGCACGGUCCCUCCAAGCAGAGUCUGAAGUCACCGCCCCUCCCGGGCCUGGCGCCACCCAGCGGGUCUCGGCAGACGACGCGAGCCCUCGACCCCAGCCAAACCUGCCCCUCGGGGCGCGCGAGCCCUCAGCGGUCGCCCGGCUGCUGCUCGCCACCGGCCGCUGGAAGAGGCUGCGGCGGGACACCCCCCGGUGCAACCUGAUGCUGGGAGAGCGGAACCGGCUGCCCUUCGGGAGGCUGGGUCACGAGCCUGGGCUGGUGCAGUUGGUGAAUUACUACAGGGGUGCUGACAAACUGUGUCGCAAAGCUUCUUUAGUGAAGCUAAUCAAGACAAGCCCAGAUCUGGCCGAGUCCUGCACGUGGUUCCCUGAGUCCUAUGUGAUUUAUCCAACAAAUCUCAAGACUCCAGUUGCUCCAGCGCAGAAUGGAAUCCAGCCACCAAUCAAUACCUCAAGGACAGAUGAAAGGGAAUUCUUCCUGGCAUCUUUUAACAGGAAGAAGGAAGAUGGAGAGGGCAAUGUUUGGAUUGCAAAGUCAUCAGCUGGUGCCAAAGGUGAAGGCAUCCUCAUCUCCUCGGAGGCUUCAGAGCUUCUGGAUUUCAUAGACAACCAGGGCCAAGUGCAUGUGAUCCAGAAAUACCUCGAGCAUCCUCUGCUUCUAGAGCCAGGCCAUCGCAAGUUUGACAUUAGAAGCUGGGUCUUGGUGGAUCAUCAGUAUAAUAUCUACCUCUAUAGAGAGGGUGUGCUUCGGACUGCUUCAGAACCAUAUCAUACUGAUAAUUUCCAAGACAAAACCUGCCAUUUGACCAAUCACUGCAUUCAAAAGGAGUACUCAAAGAACUAUGGGAAGUAUGAAGAAGGGAAUGAAAUGUUCUUUGAAGAGUUCAAUCAGUACCUAACGAGUGCUUUGAACAUUACCCUGGAAAGUAGUAUCUUACUACAAAUCAAACAUAUAAUAAGGAGCUGCCUCAUGAGCGUGGAACCUGCCAUCAGCACCAAGCACCUCCCUUACCAGAGCUUCCAGCUCUUUGGCUUUGACUUCAUGGUGGACGAGGAGCUGAAGGUCUGGCUCAUCGAGGUCAACGGCGCCCCUGCUUGUGCCCAGAAGCUGUAUGCAGAGCUGUGCCAGGGCAUCGUGGACUUAGCCAUAUCUAGUGUCUUCCCGCCCCCAGACGUGGAGCAGCAGCAGAGCCAGCCAGCCACCUUCCUCAGGCUGUGA